GCUGGUUGAAUGAGCUGCCUGUGAAAGCUACUUCAUCUGCAAGAAAACAGGUGGCUGCACCAGUGACUGUCAGAAGUUUUGUGAUUUCCUCAUAUGAACGUGAAAGGGUCCUGUCUCUAAAAUGAGUCUCUCUGGGGAGAGGAAGGAGGGGGACCCUGCCUCUAAAAUGAGUCUCUCUGGGGAACAUGACACCAAAUCUAAGAGACCAAUAAAGCAGGAGAGACCAGCCUCCCCUGUUCCCAGCUGUGUGUCCAUGAAGAUUGACCGGUCUAUGCUUGAACCUAUAUCCUUUAGAGAGGGAGACUUUUCUACUGAACAAAGAAACCAACAGGAGAGAUCAGAGUCAGAGAUUCUCAGUGGUCAGUCUUCCCAGAGUCAUCAAACAGACCUGGACUCUAUAUUCAGUUUGCUUGAAGAGAAAAUGACGACAUUUGUGAAGAACGAGCUGAAGAUGUUCAAGAGGAUUCUUGGUCCUGAACUCCCAGAAUGCUUUGAGAGUCAGAAGCAGGAUGAGGAAGUGGUGGAUGCUGAAGAUGAGAAGCAGGAGAGCAGUGCCAGAGAGGGGGCUCUGAAGAUCACACUGCACGUCCUGAGGAAAAUGAACCAGAAGGAGCUUGCUGACACACUGGAGAAAUAUGAUCCUGCUGUGAUUUGCCAACGUGAACUCAAAUCUAAUCUAAAGAAGAAGGUUCAAUGUGUAUUUGAGGGGAUCGCUAAACAAGGAAACCCAACACUUCUCAAUAAGAUCUACACAGAGCUCUACAUCACAGAGGGAGGAACAGGAGAGGUCAAUAAUGAACAUGAACUGAGACAGAUUGAGACAACAACCAGGAAACAAGCAAGACCAGAGACUGCAAUCAAAUGUAACGACAUCUUCAAACCCUUAACCGGACAAGACAAACGUAUCAGAACUGUGCUGACAAAGGGAGUCGCUGGCAUUGGAAAAACAGUCUCUGUGCAGAAGUUCAUUCUGGACUGGGCUGAAGGAAAAGCCAAUCAGGAUGUUCAAUUUGUAUUUUCAUUCCCUUUUCGGGAGCUGAAUUUGAUGAAAGGGGGAAAAAACACUUUGAUUGAACUUCUUAAUCACUUCUCAAUGGAAACCAAACAAUCAGGAAUCUCCAUCUACAACAAGUACAAAGUUGUGUUCAUCUUUGAUGGUCUGGAUGAGUGCCGACUGCCCCUAGACUUCCAGAAGAACAAGAUCUGUUGUGACGUCACAGAGUCAACCUCAGUGGAUGUUCUGCUGACAAAUCUCAUCAAGGGAAAUCUGCUUCCCUCUGCUCUCCUCUGGAUAACUACCCGACCUGCAGCAGCCAAUAAGAUCCCUUCAGGGUGUGUUGACCAGGUGACAGAGGUACGAGGGUUCAAUGACCCACAGAAGGAGGAGUACUUCAGGAAGAGAUUCAGGGAUGAGAACCUGGCCAACAGAAUCAUCUCACACAUAAAGACAUCAAGGAGCCUCCACAUCAUGUGCCACAUUCCAGUCUUCUGUUGGAUCUCUGCAACAGUCCUCGAACACAUGCUGAAACAUAAGAGAGAAGAGAUGCCCAAGACUCUGUCUGAGAUGUACACACACCUUGUGGUGUUUCAUACCAAACAGAAGAAUGAAAAGUAUCUUGGGAAAGAACAGACAGGUCCACACUGGAAUAAAGAGAGCAUUCUGUCACUGGGAAAACUGGCUUUUCAACAGCUUGUGAAGGGCAAUCUGAUUUUCUAUGAAGAAGACCUGAAAGAGGCUGGCAUUGAUGUCAAUGAAGCCUCGGUGUACUCAGGAUUGUGCACACAGCUCUUUAAAGAGGAUUGUGGGCUGUACCAGGACAAGGUGUACUGCUUUGUUCAUCUGAGCAUUCAGGAGUUUCUGGCUGCUGUAUAUGUGUUCCUCUCAUUCAUCAACAACAAUGAGAAUCUAAUGGACAAACCACAAUCAACAUCCAGGAACCUUUCUGCGCUGUUCAGAAAGCCUGAAGUUUCUUUCUACAAGAGUGCUGUGGAUAAAGCCUUACAAAGUGAGACAGGAAACCUGGACCUGUUCCUCCGCUUCCUUCUGGGCCUCUCACUGGAGUCCAAUCAGAAGCACUUACGAGGUCUACUGACAAAGACAAGAAGCAGCUCACAGAGCCAUGAAGAGACAGUCAAGUACAUCAAGGAGAAGAUCAGGGAGAAUCUCUCUCCAGAGAGGUGCAUCAAUCUGUUCCACUGUCUGAAUGAACUGAAUGACCAUUCUCUACUGGAGGAGAUCCAAAGCUUCCUGAGCUCAGGAAGUCUCUCAGAACCCAACCUGUCACCUGCACAGUGGUCAGCUCUGGUCUUUGUGUUGCUGACUUCAGAAAAGGAGCUGGAUGUGUUUGACCUGAAGAAAUACUCCAGAUCAGAGGAAGGUCUUCUGAGGCUGCUGCCAGUGGUCAAAGCCUCCAGAGCUGUUCUGCUGUCAGGCUGUGGAGUCACAGAGGGAGGCUGUGCUUCUCUGGUCUCAGCUCUGAGGUCAAACCCCUCACACCUGAGAGAGCUGGAUCUGAGUAACAAUGACCUGAAGGAUUCAGGAGUGAAGCUGCUCUCUGCUGGACUGGAGGAUCCACACUGCAGACUGGAGACUCUGAGGCUGUCAGGCUGUCUAGUCACAGAGGAAGGCUGUGCUUCUCUGGUCUCAGCUCUGAGGUCAAACCCCUCACACCUGAGAGAGCUGGACCUGAGUAACAAUGACCUGAAGGAUUCAGGAGUGGAGCUGCUCUCUGCUGUACUGGAGGAUCCACACUGUAAACUGGAGACUCUGAGGUCAGUAUUCCUGUAGUUGGUCAACAAGUGAUAACUGUUCACCAGAUCCACAUGUGUUUACCAGACACACAUAGUCCACACCAUAUGUGUUUGGACAGUGAAGUUUACAGUUUUACAUUUGGCGCUAUGUUGCAGCAUUUUGAACUGUGUGUGUGUGUCCU